AUGCUUAAAUCUUUAGAUGCGAUUUUAAAUACUGGCAUAAGAAUUGCUAUUGGUGCCUACACAACUACUCCAAUUCAGAGUCUUCUGGUCGAUAUUGUACAAUUACCAUUGAAUUUGAGAAGUCAAAUGCAGGGCAUGAUUUAUGGUCUUAAAAUAUUAUCCUUUGAAAAACAUCCUUUAAGCGAAGAAAUGAAACAAAACGAAGAGACCAACAAUAUACGUGCCUUAAUUAAUAACAGAAACGACAUGCAUUGGACAAUUAGUGAUCGUUUGCAAGCAGCCCAAAAAUGUUUCUAUGCCCACAAAAAUCUAUUUAAGUCCAGGCUACUGAAUAGAACAAUUAAACUUAGAAUAUAUAAAACUAUUAUUCAACCUGUGCUAACGUAUAGCUGUGAAUCCUGGACAAUGACUAAAAACGAUGAAAGGAGUCUUAAAAUAUUCGAAAGAAAUAUACUAAGAAAAAUAUUUGGUCCCAAAAUAGACGAGAAUCAUGAAUAUAGACGAAGAACCAACGCAGAGUUGGAAGAAUUAAUAAAUGGACAAAACGUAAUAAAAGCUAUAAAAUCACAAAGAUUAAGAUGGGCGGGGCAUGUCGUAAGAAUGACAGAUGACAGGAUGCCAAAAAGAAUAUUUGACGCGACGCCGUAUAAUACUAGAGCAAGAGGCAGACCGAGAUCUAGAUGGCUGGAUGAAAUAGAAGAAGAUUGUAGAAAAAUCGGCGUACAGAGAUGGAGAGUUAUAGCUCAAGAUAGAUCGGAAUGGAGGAAAAUUGUGAACGAGGUUAAGGCUCACCCCGAGCUGUAA